AUGAGUUAUCCCAUGGAUCACUUUGUUUAAUUGCUAUACUUUGAUAACUUAGAGCAUUUGGAAAGUGGGUCUAAUACCACAAGAUCCAAAGUCAAAGAAGUUAAAGUCUGUGAUGAAAUCAUUUUCUAAUCACUUGUCAAGGUGUCCUUAAUCAGAAUUGUCAAACCAGGUUAUAAUGUACAUUAAAGUCUCAAAAAAUUAAUUACUAUUACUCAAAGUGAAGAGCCUAUUAGAAAUUUAGAGAUUUUUGCUAAAUCUUAUUAGAUUAACAAACCUUCAUCUAGAUAUUAACUUUUGUUUGGAAGUCCAGAAAUCUCAUCAAACAAUUGCGAUAUACUUAUCACACUCGAUUAACCAGUAUUAUUUUAUUUAUUUACAUAGUAUAUCACUGAUUUUAUAGUCUUUAGAGGAUAAUAUAAACGACUUACAAUCUGCAUGUAUGGUGAAAUUAUGUCAGGACAUUCUAUUCAAUGUUACAAUCCUUCUUAUGGUAAGAAUAUUGGAUUACAAGAGUUAAAUGAUGUUAUUGAUACAAGAAUUUAAAGAGUACGCACUAUUACUUAAACUUUUGAUAACAAAAUCUAUUAACAAAUCAUUAAAUAAAGAAAUGAAGUCUUAGAUCAUAUUUACAAUCAAGAAAAUUAUCAUUUAUGUGUAGAUAACAUAUAACCAUAAUUAUUGCUUGAAGAUAAACAAUUUAAUUAAUAAGAAUCAUAAAAAUAAAUUGAAAUACUUGCUAAAGAAUUAAAAUCCAUUGAUUAAGACUAUGAUUUUGUAGAUAAAUAGUUGGUAUCAUUAUAUCAUGAAAAAUUGGAAUAAUUGCAUAGAGUUUUAACAAAACAUUUAAAACAUUCAAAAGCAGAUAUUCAUUCAGCUGCUCAUUUUAAUGAUGUUGAUCGUAUUUAUAAACUAUUACCAACAACACUAGUGGAUUCAGUAAUUUUUGCAAUAAAAGCAUCAUAUUCAUCUGCCAUAAGAGCAUUUCCAAUAAUAAUAUAAUUAUUGAGUUCAAAAUAUCAUGCAUUAUUAUUUUUAGAUAAGGGAGGUUUAAAUAAAUUACUAGAAUUUUUGAUAGAGAAACAAUAAUCUCCUAGUUACUUUAAAUUAAAGGUGAUCGAGACUUUAUAUAAUUGUAUGAAUCAUGUAGAAUUUUGUAAUGAGUUAAUAACUCGAAAUGUAGAGAUAAAGACUUAAGAUUCUGAGAAAUCUCCAAAGAAGAAAAAGAAGGUAAAGAAGGAUAAAGAAAAGAAGAAGAAAGAGAAUAAGGAAGGAAAGAAGAAGAAGAAUAAGAAGAAAAGUAGAAGUAGAAGUAGGAGUAAGAGUAAGUCAAUUACAUAGGAGUAAUAAUAAUUUACAACAGAGUAAGUUAAUAAUUUUAAUGGAUUUUAAUUGUUGGCAUAUACAGCUUCAAAAAGUGAAGAUGAGAAAAUAGUUUAGGCAUGUCAUGUAGCAUUAAAUAGAUUAUAAAUAUAUGUAAGAUUCAGAAAGUUAAAGAAUAUGAUAGAUUUGGUUUAUUAAGGUAAAUUGGGUUUUAAUGAAGAUGGGACAAUGGAAUUUUUAUUGAAUAAUUUACCUUAUUAAUGGGAAUUUGAGAAUCUUGUUGGAUUGGAUUUAUUUUUAUUUGCAGUUCAGAAAGACUUUUAUUGUGAUAAAUAAAGAGAAUUGAUGUAUUGUUUAUUUGAUGCAGAGAAGACAAAGACAGCUAAUUUUAAAUUAGUAAAAGAGAUAUUAUAAAUGAAAGAUUUAUGUAUUACAUAUGCAAAUGCCAUGUGGUUUAAGUAGAUGUAAUUUAUGAAAUAUAUUGCUGCUAUGAUGGUACUCAAUUAGAAUUAUAGUUAAUGUUGUUAAUUGAUUUAUCGAAUAUUAUAAAUAAAGGGUGGUAUUGUAGUUAUUUGUCAAGAGACUACAGCUUUAAAGUUGAUAAUUAGAGUAUUAACAAAAAACAAUGAUAUAUAAUUAUUAAAUUUAAUAAAAUCAUCAUUAGUUUUAAUAAAUUUAAUGGAUUAAAUUUACAUUAAACUAUUAGGUUCUGAUUAUGAUUAUGAAUUGAUAUAAUUGUUAGGUUAAUUGUAAUAAUAUACUGAAGAAUAAGAUGAAAUGACAUAGAAUUGUGCAGCUGUAACACAUCUAAUGAAUAAUGAAUUUUUUAGUGAAGCCUUAUUAUAUAUAAUGUCAGUAACUAAAUUAGAUGAUAUAAUUGAACAUGAAGUGGAAAUCACUAUUAUGUCUCAUAUCUUUAUUAAUAGUAAAUUUACAAAAUAAUCAUAGUUCUAAGAUAUAAUGAUACACAUAAAGGAUUAUUUUUAGCAGAUCGUCUUAUUGCUCCAAAUGCUCGUUUUAUCAAAUAUGCAAAUGCAGAAAAGACUACAUUUAAUUCUGAUUUCCGUUUAUCUUAAAUUCUAUUAGCAGGAGUUUUAGAACCAUAUGAAUUAUUUUUAGCUAAAGAUACGACUAAAGCUAUUAGAGAAUCUUUUCAUACUAAAUUAAAAUUUGUAGCUAUAAAUCAAGAUCCUGAUAAGAAUAAAUUAAAAGAAUAUUUUGGAGUUGGAGAACAUAAGAAAGGAAUUCAUGAAGAAUUAAAAUAAGAAUUUCGUUUAUUAGGAACUUUUGAUUAACCUUAUUAGAGUUUAUAAUUUUUAGAUGGAGCUAUUAAAAUAUUUAAAUGGUUAUGUGAUUGUAAUAAGUUUUAUUUCAUUCCGUUCUUUGAACAUGAAGUUAUUGCAGGAGUAGAAUGUUUUGCUGGCAAAUUAAUUAAUUUAUUUUCGGCUAUGACUACUAAAAAUAUAUAAACUGAAUAUAUGUUAAUUAAGUUACCAAACUAAUAAUAGAUAUUAAGACAUUAUUUUGAUCUUACUUAUAAUACUAUAGAAUUAAUCUAAGAAAGAUUAAAAUUUAGAGUUCAAUUAGGUUGUGAGAGUUCUUUCCAUUCCAAUGAUCUAUGUAAAAUCCUUAUUGAUUUAUGGGUGUCUCUCUAAAAGGUUCAACCAAAUGGAUUGAGAGAAUGUAGAUAGAAAGUUGAAAAUUUAUUAGGUAUUCUCAGAAAUUGCUUUAAUUAUGUUAUUACACUUAAUUCAUUCUAAGAUGAUGAUAAUGAAUAGUUGAAAGUUCAUGCGUAAUAAGGUAAUUAAGAAAUCUAGACUCUAUUUUAAUCUUUGUAUUUAUCUGCCUUUAGAAAUUAAGAAGAAUAAAAAUAUAUUCUAAAUCUCAUGUAAUACUUAAUUAAAGACAAUUAAAAUAAACCUUAAUUCAGUAAUAAUCUAUUCAAUGUAUUGUUUAAAGCUAUGCGUAAAAAUGAUGAUGAAUUUGAAAAUUAUACCAAAAAUGGAGAUCUUGGAUUUCUAAUUGAUACUAUGGGUGAACAAAAAUGUUUAUAAAAUUUAAUGUAAUCUUCCCUAAGAACAUUUGAUUAGAACUUACAAAAUGAAAUGUUUAAAGUUUUAAGAAAUCUAUUAGAAUUAUACGAUCAUAACAUUUCAUAACAGUUGUUUAAAAUUAUAGAAGAUUAACUUAAGAAUUAUUCAAAUAAAAUCAAAGCUUUAGCUAAAAAAGAAGAUCAAUAACUUUAUUUAAAAUAUAGAUAAGAUUGGGUACUUUUAGGAUUGUUUUUAACAUAAGCUAUAGAUAUUUGUUUAUGCAAUUGUGGCUUUAUGUACAUUUUCAACUAUGAACAUUUAAAUGAAGACAUGAUAAAAAUUUAUAAAUUAAUUGAUUCAGAAAAUGAUUACUGUGAUUCAUAACCCACUGAAAAAUCAUAUAAAUUACUUAUUGCAACCUUACGUAAUCAAAUUCUACAAAUUUUCAAGAAAGCAGUUGAUCAUGAAUGUGGAGUCAGUCAAUUUUUAUAAUCUGAAUCUUAAUCUUAUUAAUAUUUGAUAGAAGACAUUCCUCAUAUCACUUAUUUAUAAGAUUUAUUGAAGAGUUUGGCUAAGAAUUUAGUUAAGAAUAUUGAAUAUUAAGAGGAUUCGAAAGAGUACUAUCAUCUAAAUUUGAUAUCAACAAAAUUAAUUAUAGAAAUUUUAGAAUGUACUUCAAAGAAUAUUGUAGGCUAAAAUAUUCUUUUAUAUUCAGAUUAUACUUAAACUCCAUAUAAAGCUAAACCUAUAUUUUAAUUAUAUAGUUUUGUUGAUUUAAUUCAACAUUCUCUUCUUAAUUACAAUAAUUUACCAUUCCAAUAAGUCUACACAUAAAUUAUUGAAUAAUUCAUAAGUUUGUUAUUCAGAUUAUUUGUAUCAAUACCUAAUAAUAUGAUUCAUCCUGGAGAUGUGAGAAAAAGAGCUAUAUAGACUCUGAUGUUUAAUAAACAAGAGAACAUAGUAGAUUUUAUUACAAAUUUAUCUAAUCAAUUGAGUAAUCUCUCUUAUUUUAAUAAACAUGCUAAAUUGCUUUAAUUUUUAUUGAAAUAGAUUGAAUCAAAUAAUAAAGAAAUAAAGGAUCAAAAUGUAACAUUACCUAGUGAACCUCGUUCACAUUAUGUUGUUUUUUAAUUAAUAUAAGAAAAGAUUUAAUAAUAACAAUCUAAAGUAAAGCAACAAUAAAUAUUGAGUUCCUUUUUUAAAUAGACAGUUUUAGAAGGUGAUAAGAUGUUGAAAUAUCAAUCAUUAACAGUAAGUGAAGUAACACCAUGGAAAUUAGCAUUUAAAGAAUUAAAAAAAGUACAACCUACAUAAUAAAAUAAUAUUGCCUUUCCUGAAGUUCUUUAUAGAGACAAGAUUUUUAAAUUAGUUCCUUUAGAGAUACCAACCUAUCCUAAAACAAUAAUAAAUGAUAUAAUGUCAUUGUAUAUUAGACAACCAAUAAUUUCCAAAGAUAGAGUAGGUUUUGCUAAGAUAUCAACUGUUUAACCUACAUUAGAACCUAUAAGACCAUCUAUACCUAUUCCUAUAAGAACAACUACUGUUGAUGCUCCACCUCCACUUUAUAAACCAGAAAUGAUGUUUCCAUUACAAUAACCAAAUGUGCAACCUCAUUAAAAUCCAAUAAAUAGUACUCCAGUCAUUCCUAUUAGACCACAAAAUGCCUCUAGUAAUUAUAAUUUAGUAAUUCAUAUAUUUAUAUCUCUUAGUUGGACUCAAUAGCUCCCCCUGUCACUUUCCAUUAACUUGAAGAUCCAAGACUUUCAAGAAGAUAAGAUUAUAAUCUUCACUCUAUGCAAACAAUUCAAUAAUAAUAAACAGGAAUUUAAUAAUAAUAAUAAUAAUUGUAACAAUAACAAGCUAUGCAAUAACCUAUACACUAACCUUAUCAAAUUCCUUAAAUAUCUAUGUUUAUGGUAUUCUAUAUUUUAUAUCCUAGCCUUCAAUGCCUAAUUAAAUGAAUACCUAAUUGCCCACUUAAAUGAGCACUUAAUUACCAAAUCAAAUGAAUAACUAAAUACCCACUUAAAUGAGUACUUAGUUGCCAAAUUAAAUGGGUACCUAAUUAACUAAUUAAAUGAGUACCUAAUUACCCAGUUAAAUGAUGUAACAACCAUAACCUUCUUAAGUUUCUCAAUAAUAACCAAUUCUUCAAUAAACAAUGAUGCAUAUGCAUCCUUAACAUACUAUCUAGUAAGUUCCUAUUUAAUAAUAAUAACAAUAACAAUAAUAAUAAUAAUAAUAAUAAUAAUAAUAAUAACCAUAAUAAUAACCUAAUGAAUUGGCUGAAUUGAUUGCCAUGAUGAAUGAACAGGAGAAGGCUAUUCUAAGAGAAUUUUUAACUUCAAGAGAUCCCAGAAAAUUGGAGCAACUGGAGUAGAAAAGAUUAGAAUAUCCAAGGAUUGAUCAAUUUUUAAUGGCCCUAUAAUAAUAAUAAAGAAGGAGAGGCUAAUGA